AUCCAAACCAUUGCAAUGACAUUAUAAAUCUAUCGCAAACACUACUCAAUGAGUUAUCGGCUCUUUAUCUGAACGAAAGGGCGAGUGAUGUCGUGUUUAUCAUUGAAAAUGAGCGCAUAUUUGCCCAUAAAUUUGUUUUAAUCCUUCGGUGCGAAUACUUCCGACUUAUGUUCUCCUCUGGUCUGCGAGAGUCCAUCGAUAAUGAAGUGGAAGUGAAUGAGACGCCAAUCGAUGCCUUCAAAUCUGUACUCUAUUUCAUGUAUACCGGAGUCAUUCACUUGCAUAAUAAGAAAGUCGACGACAUUAUCGAUGUGUUAUAUUUAAGCCAUCGAUACGAAAUGCAUGAAUUGGUUUCGGCGAUCACUGAAUACCUCGAAUUGAAUAUAAAUAAAAAUAACGUGUGUUUAAUACACGCGACGGCCUCUCUAUUCAACAUGUGUCCGCUUCUGGAGAAUUGCCAUCAAUUUAUUUUACGCAAAGGAUAUAAACUAUUAUCCAAUUCAUCGCUUCUGAGUCUCAGUUCGCAAACAUUGAUUCAAUUGUUCUCAAGCGACGAGUUUUGCGCCGAAGAGAUCGAUAUAUUCAAUGCAAUCAUGAAAUACAUUAAAUUGAAUCCAGAAUUAAACGAAGAGUUGUGCGAAGAACUCAUAUCUACUGUUCGUUUGCAUUUGAUUUGUUGGAAUGAUUUGAUUGCUUACGUCUGGCCCUCAGGGUUUUUUGCCAGAGAAGAGUUGAUGACAUCGAUCGACAACAGACCCAAAAUCUCUAACAAUUACCGCCGAUGUGUGAAACCGGUUGAA